CCUCGAGCUCAGCGCGCGCAACGCCCAACCGCCCAGCAGCGCGCCACGGUCAAGCCUACGAUGACGAGCAGAGCGAUAAUUGAAGGCAGUUGAGGUCAUUUCCCAUCAAUACACAGCAUCUUCAAACAGUCGCUCGAUGGCCAUGAUGAGCUUUUUAUCGAUAUGGAGUGGCAGCGGAACCAUGCCAGAGUGCGCUCGAUGUCAGCGUGCAGACCAGCAACUUCAGUUAAGAUGUGCCGGUGCACAGUGUACUACCUGCUGAGCAUUCGGCCAUGAGAGCUACCUUGAACAAACAAGUGCUGUCACCGUGGUCAUACAGGGAUGGUGGAGGCGAACGUCUCUGGCCGCUACUUUCGAUGGCCGGCCAAGGCGCCGCUAUGCCGGCACCACUCAUUAGCCGCUCUUGGGCAGAGGUGGGAUGCCAGCUGGCGAGCUGUAGCUCAGUGAUGGUUCUCUUUUUUGUCACUCACAUCAGCGCUGAGCUUCCCGACGAUGAUCGUCAUCAACAGCUUGCUAGCUGCUGUGACGUGGUUCUGCGUCCUCUUUACCAUCAUCGCGGUGCAGCUAAGCGCAACGGCUGCCCCGCUUGGUGGGGUCGAUCUACUGCGACAGCGACGACACACGUCUCCGCUUGACGGUCGUUCGGGCAAGAUACAUGUCAUCACCAACUCGACCUUUCCUCAGGCUGUACAUCCUCUGCCUCGAAAGAUGCACAUCAGCGCCCGUCUCGUGGUCGGGAGAGGCUCAGGCGGUCUUCAGCAGGGCGAAGACGAAGGAUCUAGUAGACUAGAAGAGAAGGACAAGCAUGGCAGCGGAAACGAAAGUUGAAGCCCGAGGAGGUGGGAGCUAGACUUGGAGGCGUGAGGGAGUGAUGAUCAUGCCGCCAUUGUCAUUGCCAUCGCCAUCGCCAGCUCGACCAGGCCGACGCUGCGAUUGAGUGGCAGACCUUUUCCACUGCUAUGUCUAAUCAUG